AUGGCUGAAAUCGAGGCGAAGCCGGAAGGCGGCAUUCCCGAGUCACAUACCGUCGACACAUUCCAUGUUCCCAAGCCAUUCUUCAAAAAGGGCUCCGGCAAGACCCAUUUGAAGGACUUUGCCGAAUAUGAAUCAUUGUACAAGGAAUCUAUCGAGAAUCCGGAUAAAUUCUGGGGCAAAUUAGCUCGUGACUUACUUUCGUGGGACAGAGACUUCCAGACAGUAAGAAGCGGUACCCUUGCUGAGGGCGACGUUGGGUGGUUUUUGGAGGGUCGAUUGAAUGCUUCCUACAAUUGCGUUGACCGACAUGCCUUCAAGAACCCUAAGAAGCCCGCAAUCAUCUACGAAGCCGAUGAGCCCAAUGAGGGCCGUACCAUCUCCUAUGGCGAGCUUCUUCGUGAGGUCUCGAAGUUGGCUUGGACGCUCAAAGAAAUGGGCGUCAAGAAGGGCGACACCGCACUCAUUGCUUUCCUAGCAAUCACUCGUAUUGGCGCCGUCCAUUCCGUGGUCUUUGCUGGAUUCUCGUCGGGUUCUUUGGCAGAUCGCGUUAAUGACGCAGAGUCAAAGGUCAUUAUAACAACCGACGAAGGCAAACGAGGUGGAAAGCUGAUUGGCACGAAGAAGAUCGUCGACGAGGCACUGAAGAAGUGCCCUGGCGUGACUGGCGUACUCGUCUAUAAGAGGACAGGCGCAGAUGUACCUUGGACCAAGGGCCGAGAUCUGUGGUGGCAUGAGGAGGUCGAGAAGUGGCCCAACUACAUCGCACCUGAGCCGAUGGCAUCGGAAGACCCGCUCUUCCUCCUCUACACGUCUGGCUCGACUGGAAAGCCCAAGGGUGUAAUGCACUCUACAGCUGGCUAUUUGCUAGGCGCCGCAGCCACAGGCAAGUAUGUCUUUGACAUUCACGACGAUGAUGUCUACUUCUGCGGAGGCGAUGUUGGGUGGAUCACAGGUCACACUUACGUCGUGUACGCGCCUCUUCUUCUGGGAUGUGCCACCGUCGUCUUCGAAGGCACUCCUGCCUACCCCGAUUUCGCGCGCUAUUGGGAUGUCAUCGAUCGCCAUAGUGUCACCCAGUUCUACGUCGCCCCGACCGCCCUACGAUUGCUCAAGCGUGCUGGAAACGAGCACAUAAGACACCAAAUGUCGAAGCUGCGUGUGCUAGGUUCAGUGGGAGAGCCCAUCGCAGCUGAAGUCUGGAAGUGGUACUUUGAGACCGUUGGAAAAGAGGAGGCACAUAUUGUUGAUACAUACUGGCAGACGGAGACCGGCUCCCAUGUGAUCACACCACUUGCUGGUAUCACCAGUACGAAGCCCGGCAGUGCAUCCUUCCCCUUCUUUGGCAUUGAGGCUGCGAUCAUCGAUCCUGUCUCGGGCAAGGAGAUCGAGGGUAAUGAUGUUGAGGGCGUGCUUGCCUUCAAGCAGCCAUGGCCAAGUAUGGCUCGGACUGUCUGGGGCGCACAUAAGCGUUACAUGGACACAUACCUGAAUGUGUACAAGGGCUACUAUUUCACCGGAGACGGAGCCGCUCGCGACAAGGACGGGUUCUACUGGAUCCGCGGCAGAGUCGACGACGUGGUCAACGUGUCAGGUCACCGCCUGUCCACCGCCGAGAUCGAAGCUGCUCUGAUCGAGCACAGCGGUGUUGCUGAGGCUGCUGUGGUGGGAAUCAACGACGAGCUCACUGGCCAGGCUGUGAACGCCUUUGUGUCGCUGAAGGAUGGUACAGAUCCUGGUGAGCAGACGCGGAAAGAUCUCAUACUGCAGGUUCGGAAACAAAUUGGACCAUUUGCUGCACCAAAGGCUAUCUUUAUCGUCGAUGACCUACCGAAGACUCGAUCCGGCAAGAUCAUGCGCAGGAUCUUGCGGAAGAUUCUUAGUGGUGAAGAGGACAGCCUGGGCGAUACGUCAACUCUGAGCGAUCCAAGUGUUGUUGACAAGAUCAUCGAUACUGUCAAGCAGGGGAAGAAGAAGUGA